AUGACGCCGGUGGCCAUCAUCACUGUUCUAUUAGGAAUUAUCUCCUUAGUUCAAGGCCUAGAAAUCACCUCUCCAAACGCAGGCGACAAAAUCGACAUCCAACAAGGCCUCCCAAUCUCAUGGAUUGUUGAAGAUACCGACAAUCUCACAGCUAACGUCGACAUUCAGCUUUAUUGGAACGAACGCUUUCAAGUAGGCUUGACUUGGUCCGAGCCUGGGAGUACCGUUCCUAUCAAUGAUUCCAGCUACACUUUCCAAUAUACUCGCGAUAAAGAUUACAUUUGGCCGAAAACAGACUACGUUGUUUAUUUGUACGACGGCUCUAACUCCACACAUAAAACUGGCGAAUUCGAAAUAUUCAAUACUGACGGUCGUGUCACUUCCACGACCUCCAUGCCCACUGCAACCCAGAAAGGCUCAAAAAAGGGCCCCUCGGCAUCAGCGUCGGACUCGGUCAGGCUUAAUUCGACAUCUACUCGUCUUCCGCAUCACACACCGAGCGCUUCUUCAGGUAGGCCAAAUGGAUUGGCACAUGACAGCGUAGCAACUGGUAACAUGGGUUUUGUUGAGAUGGGAGGAUCGCUUCUUUGGGGCAUAAUCUUGGUAUAUGUACAGGGCGGACUGAUCUGGACUUGA